UCUUGAAUUUGCGUAUAAACAUGGCGGCUAAACAGUGUUAGCGGGUGUAUAGCUGCUUUGCAAACUCAAAUUUGCUGUUUUAACAGUUAAGAUUUCAAACGAUGAGCGUCUUCAACGCCGACGACGAUAUCUUGAGCAAUGAUGAACCUGUCAAAAGCGUGGAGAUGGAGGAUAUUUCAGCUACUGAAAUGGAGACUGCACCUUGCUCUGACCAGGUAGUAGGAAGCACAUCCACAGAGGGUGAGAUCCCCCCAGGAAGCGGAGUUCCCAAUGAAGGGGGACACCCUUUAGAUGGCGCAGGUUCGCCAAUUGAGAUGGAUAGAAACAGUCCAACAGAAAAAAUGGUUGAGGCUCAAGAUGAACCCAACGAUACAGAAAUGGAGACUUCAAAUGAAAUGGAAGUCUGUCCUCAAGAAAAAGAAGAGGAGUCAGAACAGAAAGAAGCUAACUUUGAUGAGCUGAUAGCGGAAUCUUCUACGCCCACCAAUGAACCUGUCGUCAUCACAGAACAGAAAGAAGCUAACUUUGAUGAGCUGAUUGCGGAUUCUUCCACACCCAUUGAUGAACCUGUCGUCAUCACGAAUGGACCCUCAAUCGGAGAAAGUGAAAGCAUUGUACCGGCAUUGGAAGCGGGAGACAAUUCCAUGGACACAGACAAGCAACCAGCAGAUGAUGAAAAAGCUGCACCUGAAAUUUUAAUGAAAGACUAUGUCAAGGAGCUGGUCUUGAACCAGAGUGAGGCUGAACUUCCUAUAAAACAAGAUGAAGAAUUGGUCAAUCAAAAUGAGAUUGAAUCUGCUGUAAAAAGUAAUGAGGAUGAGUCUACAACCAAUGAUUGCGAGAUUGAGUCUGCAGCACACAAAAGUGAAGAUGAGUCUGUUGCAAAUCCAAAUGAAGAGUCUAACCAAAUGGGUGUAUCGGAUGAUGUCCAGUGCGUGGAUGAAAAAGAGGAGACUGAGAGUACAGGCCGAGCAAGUGCUACAUGCUUUGCAACCUUUGACGAUGAAUCUCGACUGUCUAAUGACAAAAUCAGUGUUGACAAUGUUGAAGAUGUAAAUAUAAAUGAAAGCACUGAUGUUGAGGUGGAGGGGGAGGAAGCAGCUAAUGAACAAGAAGGGGAAGAUCCUUUGGAAGCUGGUGGAGUAGUUGACGAUUCCAAGAAUGAUGAUGUGGAGGAAGAGAUAUUAGGGCACAUUCCAGUUUCAGGCGAAUCAAUAGAGAGAGCAAACAAGUCGCUUGAAGAAAACAACACAGACCUGCAAAAUUCAGAGGUUGAGAAAAUGGAAGAAGAUGUUAGUAUUGUUGAGAAGAAAAAUGAUGAACCAAAGGAACCUGAGGAAUUGGAACAUGAGGAACUUGCAGAACCUGAAACCAGACAUUGUCAUCAGUGCAAUACUGAAAAAGAAUGUCUCUUCAUAUUAAAAACCUCAACAGAGUGCAGCAAGAAAUUUUAUCUGUGCACCAAGGAGUGCUGCAAUGAGUACAAAAAUCGGCCUAAAAUAAAAGCAAUAGCAUCAAAUAAAUUGCAAACAAUCAACACUGAAGAACCAGAGAAAGCGCCAGAUUUGACAAGACGCUGCUUCAGUUGCCGAAAGGAAAUUGACCCGACAAGCUCUGAAAAAUUGUCUUGGCAGUCAAUGGAGUACUGCAGUGAGGAAUGCAUAGAAUCCUACCAAAAUGAACUGGGUGCUUGUUGUGCUAACUGCAAAGGUGAUGUUCCUCAAGCUAGCAUGGGCAAGUACUGUGUUCGCUUUGGAUACAACGCCAGACAGUUCUGCUCAAGCAAGUGUUUGGAAGAGUUUAAAAAAGGACUUAAGGUCUGCAGUUAUUGUCAGAGGGAUAUUUCGGGUGAGAAUGAAGGCUUCCUGGCACCUAUUGGCGAUAAAGGGCAGUUCAAGGACUUCUGCAGCAAGAACUGUAUGGAUGACUAUCAUGUAAUACUCUGCAAUAGACCGAAGCCAGUCAUCACUGAUAGCUGCGCCGUUUGUAGUGACAUGAAGGAGAUCACAAUUGAAGUGAUUCAAAGUGGCGGAGUUCAAAGGCUUUGCUCUGACCCCUGCUUUGCUGCGUUCAAAUUCGCCAACAAUUUAAAGACCGAUGAAUGCGAGCUGUGUAAAAGACACUUUGACGCAUACAUGCCAGGCCGGCAAAGAGUUUACUACAAUGAUGUCAUGCACAAUUUCUGCUCGAGAAAGUGCCACAAUGUGCACACUUUGUCAUCCCGAAGGAUAAUUUCCUGCGGUUGGUGCAAGGUUAAAAAGUACAACUUUGAUAUGAUUGAAAUGAAGUUUCCAUGCCCAGCCCCUCUGUGCUCUUUGAAGUGUCUGCAGUUGUUCAAAGUGUCACAGACUGCUUCAAAUUCACAAGUAAUCAAGUGCGAUAUGUGCAAGAAACAGAGUCAGGGCUCUUGUCACUUGACCAUGUCUGAUUCAACAGUUAGAAACUUUUGUUGCUUUGUCUGCUGCAUGGACUACCAAAAAAUGAGUAAUAUGACACCCAUUAUGGACCCAAGAGCAGCUAGCACAAUGAACGAAUCUGAACCGACGAUGCCGAUCAUAAGCAAUGUCACCUCUCUAGCAGUUCCAACUUCAAGAGCAUCGCCUGUGGAGGUAACUGCUCCAGCAAUCAGCACUACAAGUACUGGUAUGAGUACUGGUUUGAGUACUGUGUCCUCAACUCCACCUCAACACAUCAAGAUUGUCCAGCAGACAUUUGUCCGACCUCCUCCUUGUAAAUCUGUGUCAAACAAAAGCACUUUUUGCAAACCUGCCACCUUGUCCAAGGGAGUUAUGAACAAACCUGUGAUGGCAGCAAAAGCAUGUCAGACAGACUUUGAAGAGAACAAAACUCCGGCCCUGAUUCCUGUUCCUGUGCCAAUAUAUGUACCCGUUCCUUUGGCAAUGUAUAGUUUUCCUACUCCAAUACCAGUGCCAUUCCCACUACCAAUCCCAGUGCCCAUGUUUAUUCCCACUACCAGAAAUUCAGCUAAGGGAAUUUUCAAGGAAAUCAAGAGGAUUGCGGAUCAAGUCCCUCGAGAUCCAUUUGAAGCUGAGCUUCUGAUGAUGGCAGAAAUGGUGGCUGAUGAUAAGAAGGGCAAUGUUACCAGUGACAGUGAUGAUGAUGACAGAGGAAAUGCUGACAUUGGAGCCCCGUCGCCCAUGAACGACAGCGAUGAUGCAGUAGAACCACCCACCCCAGCUCCCACAAACGAACCACCUGUGACGCCGAGCUUUGGGGGCGAAGACAUUUUGCAGAUGGCUGUCAACAUGGCCAUGGAAAUGACUGAACCGGCUCCCCCACAGCCUCCAUCUCUUGACUUGGAGACUGUUCUAACACCACAACCUGUUGUCCCUAUCCAACCGCCACCUCUGUCAACUUUGAGUGAAGAAAGAAAUGAGCCAGUUCAAAGAGGCAGGAAGAGAGGAAGGGGCCGUGGUUCCUCAAACAACAACUGGACGUCUGCCAAACGGACCCGCGCAUCCUCCAGAGAACUGUCUCACCACCAAGAAAUUAUUCCUCAUGAUACAACGCACCAUGAUCGUUCUCUGGUGGACAGUGAUAAUGAACCUACCAUAGAACCAGACCCUGAUUUGCAACUCAAGUUCUCUUACGGUGUGUUGGCUUUCCGGAAAUGGAUAAAGGAGAAGAAUUCUGAAUUGUCGUUGUCUGGGAAAGCUGCUAAGCUCUUCAAAACUGACAUUUUGCAGCUGUCCACAGAGGAGUUAAAUUUCACCUUGUGCAUGUUUGUGAAGGAAGUGCGCAAGCCUGACAGAGAUGAAUAUGCCCCUGAUAUCAUUUUCUAUCUUUGCCUUGGCAUUCAACUUUACCUCUACCGCAAUGGACGUGUAGACAACAUUUUCACUGAUGCAUUUUACGAGAAAUUUACUGACUGCCUUAACCAAGUUAGCUCUAAGUUUGUGACCCGCCUGAAUGAUAGAAGUACGUUUUCAAAACUACCACAUGACUUGCUUACUCGAGUUGAGGAGGAGCAUCUUUGGGAGAGUCAGCAACUUGGGGCUCACUCUCCUCAUGUGUUGCUGUUUACAUUGAUGUAUUUCAACACUAAGUACUUCUACUUGACUGAAGUUGAGGACCACAUGAGGCUUUCAUUUACUCAUGUUAUGAAGCACUGGAAGAGGAACAAUACUCAGCCGGGGAAAUCCGGACCGAGUAGAAACGUGUUGCUACGAUAUUAUCCACCUCAAUCUGUGUUGGAUGCUGAUGAGCGAAAAAAGAAGGUUUAUGAGCAACAAGAAAAUGAAAUCAAUCCUUUGAGGUGCCCUGUGAAGCUCUAUGAGUUUUAUGUUUCCAAAUGCCCUGAGAGUGUGAGAGGAAGAAAUGAUGUGUUUUACCUGCUGCCAGAGAGAUCUUGUGUACCUGAUAGUCCUGUCUGGUACUCGACAAUGUCCAUGCCCAAGGAAGCGGUCAGCAGAAUGCUCAACCGCAUCAGAAUGGUUAGGGAAAUACUAUGCAUUUUGCACAGUUUGGAAUAUCAUUGAAGAAAACUGUUUUGUAUAAAAUCUACUACUUGCUUAAAAUAAGAUAAUUUUAAAAUCUCCAUGUAUCUGAAGUAAAA